AUGGCUUCCACAUCAGUGCUCCUGCUUCAGCUGCUCCUGGUCUCACUGGCGUCUGCAUCUCAUCACUUUGGGGGAACCGUGACCUUCACCUACAAAGGAAGAAACCCUGAUGGAACAUUUCGGGUGGACAUUCGCAACAGAGCGACCUAUGAUGGGUGUCAGUACUCCCACUACUGGUUUUGUUCCCAAGGCCACUGUGGCUCUAACCCCAGAAGUGAGAGAGGUGUAAUUGACCAGAGCACCAAUGCACCCCGAUAUAACAGACAAUGGUGUGAAACUGAAACAGUCAGCACAAGAAACGUCCCGAGUGACAAACCUUUUGAAAUGAGAGUUCCACAGAACUGCCCACGGACGUACAAGCUGAUGUCCUUUGAUCCUGAUGGUGACAAAGUUCGAUGCCGAUAUGGAAAUAUCAGAAAUGUAGAGUGUGACUCGUGUAACCAACCCUCAGGCUUUGCCUUGGAUCAGGGCUCUUGCACAUUACACUACCAUUACUCCAAUGCCAACCCCAGAGUUUAUGGAUUUGAGUUGGUUGCGGAGGACUUCCCUCAAAGGCCCAUCAGUCUGGCCUACACUGAUGGAUCCAAAUCCAGCAGGGCCCCACUGGUUGUGAGGAGUAAGAGACAAGCCACCACAGCACGAACAACAACAACACCAUGGUGGUGGUAUUUUACAACCCCACCACCAACAACAACAACCGCACCCAUUUCCACAUACCCAUGGUGGCUUCAUACAACAACCACACCACCACCAACAACAACCACGAGACACCUGCAUGCCUCCACUCCUCCACUCAGUAAACUACCUUUGCAAUUCUCCCUUCUUGUGGACCCACCUGUGUAUUCAUGUCAGGAGGGACACUACUUGCCAAAGUUUGUGGACCCAACACCUUCAAAUGGGGCCCGCAUCCAAGCAGAGGUCAACAAAGAGGUGGAGAUCAGAGUCAAAGCACAAGCGGCAUGGGCAACAAUACAUGAUAUAAUCAUCAGUGGCCCACUGAAUAUCAGCAAGCAAAGGAACACACAUGAGGAGUUCGUCAUUAGGUGGAUGCCUGUCGAAACUGACCUGGGAGACUUUUUCCCGAUCUGCUUUGCUGUUGAAGCGGUGACAGGGUCUGCUGGAGCCAGUACCACACAAAAUCCUAUUCACCAUUACCACCCCUACCCAACUUCACAGUCUGGCAUCUAUCAGUCUGAGAUGAGGUGUGUUCUGGUAGAAGUUCAGAGGGUGCAAGUUAAUUCCCAUGUGAUCUGCACCGAGUCCACAAUGACAGUAGAGGUUGAGAAAUCUUCGAUCUCUGGACUCCAUGAGGACCAUUUGCGGCUCAAUGAUGCCACCAACACUGCCUGCAGGCUGCGCUCCAACAGCACUCACGUCUUUGCUGUCAUCCCCCUCAGCGGUUGUGGCACUGAGAUCGAGGAAGACCAAGAUAACCUCCGGUUCAAGAAUGAAAUCACUACGGUUGACAACAUGGCCGACGUGAUCACCAGGAAACACCUGCUGGGGGUGCAGUUCUACUGCCAGUACCCCAAACGUGGAAACGUGACACUGGGCUUCACAGCACACAGGAAUAAUAUCACAGUGUGGGAAAAGGGCUUUGGCACGUUUACCUACCAGUUUGAGUUCUAUCCCAACAACCGAUACCAAACCAUGAUUGAUCCAAAUUCAUACCCGCUGGUGUAUGAAAUAGGGAGCAGGAUCCACAUGCAGAUAGAAGCCACCUCCUCUGUCAACAACACCGUGCUGUUUGUGGAGGCCUGCAGAGCUUCACCAUACGACAACCAAAACUACCAUCAAACCUACUCCAUCAUUGAGAAUGGGUGUAUUGUGGACCCGACUGUUGAGAUCCAUCAGUCCUCCCACCAGAGACAAUUCCAGUUCAGCAUGGAGGCCUUCAAGUUCAUCGGCUUGCAUGAUCAGGUGUACAUCAGCUGCACGGUCCUGAUGUGUGAAGCAGGGAGCCCCAACACCAGGUGUUCACAGGGAUGCAUCAACUCCACAAUGCCAGGCGGUUUGCAUCAUCACCACAGAAAGAGAGAGGCUGUCAUUCAAAGCGCAAGGCACUUCGUUUCCCAGGGUCCCCUGCGCUUAAAGAGAUCAGCAGAGAGCAACGAAAGCUCAGUGCUCCACCUGAAUCUGAACCUGGUAUUCAUCGCUGGAUGUCUUCUUGCAGCUGUUGGCAUGAUCAGUGCAGUGGUCAUGUACAAGGCCAAAAUGUCAAAGGUCAAAUACCAACCUUUGCCCACAUUUGAAAGUUAA